AUGCUGCACCUCAAGCCCUCCCUCCUAUCACUCCUCUUCUCUACCCUCCUCAUCUCUCUCGCAACCUCCCAUACCGUUGAAACAGACGCAACCACAGACGCAGGCAUAGACGUAGACCUCAACAACAACCCAGCAAUCGCAUCAGCAGCCUCCGACUACAUCCACGCAACCUCCGCAAUCGCAUCCAUCUUCUCCUCCUUGACCGAAAACGGUGCUGCUGAAAUGACUGACGUAUCCUCCUUUGCAAGUUUCGUCUAUGCGGCUGCAACUUCCGCCGUGGGUAGUAUCUUCACAGAAGCCACAGUGAACGUGGGUAGUGUGGUUUCCGAGGCUGGCAGUGUGGUUAGUAGCGUAAACUCGGAGAUUACAGGGGCAGUAGGGAGUUUUGUUAGUGAAGUUACUGCUACUGCUGUGCCUACAGAACUACCUACCAGUGCUGUGGUUACUUCGGCAAGAUCUAGUGUGCCUUCGACAACGGUGUUGAUGACGAUGCCGACGGAAACAGGCACUACAGGACCAACCAGUGUGUCUGAAGGGAAACUGAGGAAAGCAAAUGGCAGGGCAGAUGGCAUGUUAUUCGCUGCCGUGUUCGCCGCUGUUGCUUUCUUCUAG